AAGAAGAGAGAAGCGGAAGUAGUUACUAAUCUGGGCGCCUUCCUUCAAAACACAAGCAGAUGCGAUUCUAAAAUACAACUUUUGCCACAAUGCCUCUGUCGACUCAGUCGCAAGCCGAUGAUGAACAGUACGUUUUAGUGGCCUGUUUGGAUAACGCUCGCAACCUGUCAAACAUACUGAAAGCAAUCACAUUCAAAGACCACGCCAUUUUCAGCGCCACACCAAAUGGCCUGAAGGUCACUGUGGAGGACUCCAAAUGUCUACAAGCCAAUGCAUUCAUCCAGGCUGAGAUCUUCCAAGAGUUCACCAUAAAGGAAGAUUCAGUUGGUUUUCAGAUCAACCUCACAGUGCUGCUGGACUGUCUUAAUAUCUUUGGAGGAAGCACAGCACCAGGAGUAUCAACAGCCUUGCGGAUGUGCUACAGGGGGUACGGUUACCCUCUGACCCUGUUCCUGGAGGAGGGUGGGGUGGUGACUGUGUGCAAGAUAAAUACACAAGAACCUGAAGAGCCAGUCGACUAUGAAUUCUGCAGCACCAACGUCACAAACAAGGUGAUCCUGCAGUCAGAGAGUCUGAAAGAAGCUUUCUCUGAGCUGGACAUGACCAGCGAGGUGCUGCAGAUCACCAUGUCCCCCAGCCAGCCAAACUUUAGGUUGUCCACUUUUGGGAACUCUGGAAGUGCCCAUUAUGAUUAUCCCAAAGACUCUGACAUGAUGGAGCUGUUCCAAUGCACCAAGACACAAACCAACAGGUACAAGAUGUCCCUGCUGAAGCCGUCUACCAAAGCCUUGGCUUUGUCCUCUAAAGUGUCUGUGAGGACGGACAACAGGGGCUUCCUCUCUCUGCAGUACCUGGUCAGGAACGACGACGGACAGAUCUGUUUUGUGGAAUAUUAUUGUUGUCCUGACGAAGAGGUGGAGGGGGAGUGAUUACAGUCUGUUGAAUUCUCUUUCAAAGAAGCACCUUAACUACAGUGGUGGCCAGUCACUUUGAGUUAGAAGGUACAGCCAGUUAGGUGCACACUGGACUUCAUGGAUAAUGGACACAGUGAGACAGGAUGCAUUGUUUUGACAAAAUCCUAAUUUGCCACAAUCAUUUGCGUGAAGAACUGGCACUGGAUUUGUGGAAUGAUAAUGCACCUGGUCUUGUUCAGGUGUGUAGUUAAACCAUCAUAACAUGUACAUAAUUUCAAGGACAGAUAUGGAAAAUGAUGGUAUGCCCUGUUACUGUAUAUUGUAUUGUUUGUUACUAUGAAGACUCUGUAUUUUGAGUCAGAAAUCCCACAGCAUGUGAACCUUGUCUGCAAAUACAAGGUGUUUUGUCGAGUUGUUCACAGCACUCAAUCUAGUCCUUCUGGAGCUUUCUCUGCCUUUUUUUCGUUGGAUACAUGUAGCAAGUUGGUGACGGCCCAUAAAAUAUUAAAGACAUAGCACAUCUAUACAUUUUCCUCAAGGUGUUUAGUGCAGCAUGUAGAUUACCAUAAUCGACUCAUGUUGAAUGCAUAUACAGAUACCUUUGACAGUCCUUUGUUUGGAGUAUAUAACAGAUGACAGACUGUUCCAAGUUUAAAUUGUUUUAUUUCAGUGACAUAGAAAACAACUGUAGUCACUCAAAAAGCAAUAAACAGUUUUUUUUUUA